UAUUAUCAUUUUUAUUUGUUAGAUUAUGCUUUUGACUGAUAAUAUGGAACAAACUUUAUCAGACAUGGAAAAAAGUGUUGCUGCAAAUCCAGAUUUUCCAUCUGCUAGAGUACAGAAAUGUUAUGUUCAGUAUAGAAAUGCAUUAAAUCAUCAUGAUGAGAAAAAAGUUCAAGCUGUGUUAGAGGAAUUUGAACAAAUUCUAGAACAGAUGUCAACAUCUACAGAAUGCCUUUUAUUAUAUGCUCAGUUGCGUGUUAAUGCACUUAUUAAAAUUGGCGCCUUGAAAGUUCAGUAUGAACAAAUGGAAAAUGCUCUGAAAGAUUUCGAUGAGGCAAUCAAAUUGGAUCCCAAUAAUGCUGAUGUUUAUCUUCAUCGUGGUCAGAUCAGCUUAUUAAUGGUUAGGAUUUCUUGGCUUGGCCAAAUCAAAACUGAUAUCUGUGCAGUAGGAAAAGUCCUUAGAAUAAGAAUUUUAGUACUUCAGUGGAAACAAGAUAUAAAUGAGGCAAUUUCUUUAUUAAAUAAAGCUAUAGAAUUAGAUUCAAAAUGCCAGUUUGCAUAUGAAACACUUGGGUCAAUUGAAGUUCAAAGGGGGAAUAUGUCUCGAGGAAUUGAACUCUACCAAAAAGCAAUAAACUUGGCCCACAAUGAGAUCGAACUUGCUCAUCUUGUUUCUCUGCACGAUGCCGCCAAGGCGCAGUUAAGGGUUGCCGAACGUCUCAAUAUACCAGUAGGUGUCUUUCCGACGGCCAAUACUGAAUAUCAUAUCGGUUCAGAGUUACGAAAAGACUGAUAGACACGUCACAUUCACAUUUGCUCUUCGUAGAGAACUACAGAUUUGGGAAUUGAUAAUUAACAUCGCAAGGAGAAGUCUCUUUUAUUAAUAUUUGUGUUUUGACAAUGUUUCAAUUUGUCAACACAUAAAUGAGAAUAAGCAAUCGUGUACUUAAUUUUCUCGUUUAGAAAAAUGGUCACCAAUACCAUUUUAUAUACCAUAAAUUGGAGAACAUAAAAUUUAAAUUAAACGAGAUCGAUAUAAUACGUUACAGUUAUUUUUUUAUGAUUAUCAAAAACUUAUUGUGAUAUCGAGAUAUUUUAAAAAUUUAAAUAUUUAUUGUGACAUUUGGAAUAUUUCUGUGUACAGGUUUCGAAUGGGCGAAUGGGAUCUUGAUGAGAGAUGCCUUCGAGGAACACGAUGCUUUAUACAGAUGUAAAGUUCCAGAUGUUGGAAAGAAAUAACGUUGCAAACCAUAGUCUAUAAAAUUUAUCAUUUUGUAUAUUAUUUCUGUUCAUUUGUCAUAGAACGAUAUGCCUUAGAAAUGAAGAUAUUUUAAAUAAAUUUAUUGUUACAAGUAGCUACUUUUUUGACAUUGAAUUUCGAAAUUUUUGUUUUUCCGUUUAAUGAUCUUGAGAUACAGCUCCAUUUUUAAACUGUAAAAAGAUAAUUGUAGUUACGUUGCAUAAAUUAUGCAACAAAUCUUAUAUUCCUAUUUGCAAUCAAGUAUUACUGUACGUGAUCACAUUUUUUUCAGAUGCCAAAAUGUUAGGAAUCAUUGGUACAGAGAUGUAAUAAUAAAAAAGAAAUUAAUUCGAAGGUUGUCCCGAAUUUUUUAAAUAGCAUAAUUUAGUUAUUCACAUUGUGAUACGUAUUUAUUUGUUUUAUUGUAGGAAUGAUCAUAUUCGGACAGUUUGAGUAGAAUUGAUUAGCUGAAAAUACAGUGAACACAAUUCAAAUAAAAACUUUCAAUGAAAUUUCAUGUAUAUAAAUGGCGUUUAGAAUAGCAAUAAGCAUAAUAAAGAAAAUUUUAAAUAUUUAAAAAGUAAGACAUGAAGCCCACGGUGGGUGGUUUUAGCAUAGGUUUGGGAUCUAAUUAGAUCCCAAAAAAUGCACUUUUAGGGACAAACAGAACUAUGUAUCAUGCAUAUUUUUAUCAUAUAAUCACGUGCAAAUGUGAAACAUUAUUUUUGGUACAUUAGUCGAUAAUUGCUACAGGCAAUAAAGAGCAAUGAAUUUCUGUUGGAAGAUAAUGUUCUACAAGUCAAUGUUACACAUCUCGAAUGUGUUUUUAGGAAGCUUGAAGAUUCAUUCUGGAGUGAUCUGUUGUACAGAUUUCUGCUAAAUGAACACGACGGUUUCGAAAUAAUCGUACAGUGGAGGAUAAAUAAUAACAACAAGUGAAUGGAAGGUUUUUACUGAACUAUCAACAAGGUAAUUACGAACGUAAUAUACGAGUUAUUUUUUAUUACUAAAUUUUUCGUGCUUUGGCUGUGGUCCGGGACCCGCUGUUCAUUCUUCGAAAUUGAUUGUAUUUUGAAUAAAAACAGUCAAUGAGAUCAUUUAAAAUAUACGCAAAAAUCAGUACAGCAAGCAUGAGCAUCCGUAGAGGGAGAAAACGGGGCACUUGCCCCCUGGAUUGAGUAAAAAAUUCUUGUUUCCUUUACAUUGUAAAUUUAUAUAAUGUAUUGUUUUUGUAUUUAUGCCAUACGGUAUUCUGUAAUCUACUUGUGAAAA